GCUGCGGAGCCCGCGCCUCGCCCGGCACGGCCUGGGUCUCCGCCGGCGGCGCAAGCUUCCUGAGAGCUGGGCUGAUAUGCAGGAGCCACUGCUUGAGGGGAUGUGCUUCACCCUCAAGUAUCUGGGCAUGACGCUGGUAGAAAAACCAAAAGGAGAAGACAUGGCUGCUGCUGCCAUCCGCAGGAUCGUGGCCACGGCACGGGUCGGAGCUCGCAAGUUUCAGAAGGUGAUUCUGACAGUGUCUCCAAGGGGCAUCUCACUGCAGGAUGCAGACACUAAGGAGAUGGUGGAGAACAUCUCCAUCUACAGGAUCUCCUACUGCACAACAGACAAGCUGCAGAACAAGGUCUUUGCUUAUGUUGCCCAGAGCCAGGAGAACGGAGCACUGGAGUGCCAUGCCUUCCUCUCACCGAAGAAGAAGAUUGCCCAGGCUGUGACUCUGACCGUGGCCCAGGCCUUUCAGAUGGCACUUGAUCUCUGGGAAGCAACACAUGCUGCAGGCUCUAGGCAGGAUCAGCCCCUUCACCCUUCAUGUGUGUUGGAGAGCAGUGAGCCUGGCAGACCCUGUGAGCCAGCCCCCUCAGGGAGCGCUCCCUUCAGACACCACUUUGGGGAGGAGGAGGAGGAGGAAGAUGAUAAUGUCAAUGAAACCUUACCUGGCAGCAUGGAGGAGCUGGAGAAGGGAGCACACAGCCCAGCAGCACAGCUGUUAUGCUACCGCCUGGGGCCGCCCCCGGACAGCUGGAUGGUGCUGGGAGGGGUUGGACACUCACCCAGCGCUGGCCCCAAGACUCCCCUGGGCUAAGCCAAAUCUCUGCAACAACGAACCAGCCACUCAGGAUUCACCCUGUGCCUGCACCUGGGCCAGCCAGUGCCUGCCACUGCCCUGGCACUGC